UCAUCUUCAUAAUAAUAAUUAUCUUCCUUUGUCGUAUCUUCAUCUUCGUCUCCAUCGUUAACCUUUUUUUCCUCAUCUCUUUUACUUCCUACUUGUUUGAGUUCACUAAAAGUUUCGAAUAGUUUUUUUUACCUCAGAUCAAAUUGAUGGAAAACUUUGGAAUUAGUUGAUUGUGAUUAAUUUUAACAGUAAUUAAAGAGAAAGAGUUAAACUAAUUUGAUUAAUCAUGUUUUCUAGUCGAGUCACUGAAUCACCAAUACGAAACAUUGGAUCAUCAAGGAUGGUAAUUAACUCGACUAAUUCAAUUAAUUGUAAUCUUUGUGGUUCUUCCGGAAGUUCAGUUAAAUGUGAUCGAUGUGAUUCAAAAACCUUUUGUAUUUCCUGUGAUGAUAUGUAUCACCGUCAUCCCAAGAGACGAUUUCAUUUGAGAAAAACAAUUAACCAGCAAUCAAAUGGAUCUAAUCAAAUGAUAUCACCUUUAACUCGUCCCUUUCAAAGUUCAUCUCCAUCUCCAUCACCAUCGCCUUCAUUAUCUUCAGUUAAUGUUAAUUUUCAUUCCGAAUCACGAUUGGCUUCAUCAUCACCGAUUACCAAUAACACAAUUAAAUCACAAUCAAUAAUCUCACAAUUCCAAUCAUCAGAAUCUUCUCAUCAUCAUCCAUCUAAGAUGCCAAUACCACCUCCAAGGAGAAAGAAAAAACCACAAGAGGAUCCAAAUGGAUCAUUCUUACCCCAAUUUGGUCAAACUCGAGUUAUUCAAUAUCAAUCUGGAUCAAAUUACCGAUCAGUUGAUCAUUUAAAUCAAUCAGGACAAUAUUUCAAUGACCAACAAUCAAAACAUCAACAAUCUCAACCAUCACCGAAUCAACAACAGCGUUUAAAUUACAAUUAUCUUCGUCCAUUUGAUGAAGAGUACAGAAGAGGAAGUUCAAAUAUUGGAACCGGAAGUUCAAAUCUAUCGAGUGCUAAUAGCAGUAGCUUAUCAAGUGAGCAAUGGUCAAGUGAGGUUGGUUCAGCCGGAAAUGUUGUACCACCGGCACUUCCGUUGAAAAAGAAAUGGUCACAAUCUUUACCAGGAAAAUCUGAGUCUCAUGGAUCUGAACAGUCCAUAUAUCAAUUCAAAUCAAUAUUAUCACCAAGUAACUGGACAACCGGUGACCAUUCAAGAGCAAAUGAUUAUCAAUCAACAACAGCAAUCAGCUAUCAUAUGGGGUCAGUUUCUCUUGCUCAAAGUAUGGAGGAUCUCGGGUUGGAUGAUAGAGAUGAUCAAGUUUCAGAUGAAGAUUUUCCUGAUCAUGGGACAUUAACUCGUAAUAAGAGUAGAUUAUCAUCAUUAGUUAAUCGUCGAAAUGGUUCAAUGAAACGAUCUCAAAGUUCAUAUUUAGUUAAUCAGCAAUGGCAACAACAGAAUCAUCAACAACCAAUGGUUCCACCUUAUUGGAUUAAUCCUGUUUAUCCAAUGUAUUCAGGAGGGUAUCCGAUGAUUCCAGGGGGUGGUAUUGGUCCUUCACCUUUACCACCUUCUUCUUAUAAUAAUAAUUUAAGAGCGUCACCCUCACCAUCAUUACGAUCGCUUAACUUGAAUCGCCCCAAGCGAAGUGGUUCAAGUCAAUCAGUUCGGUCAUCGGUAGUUCGUGAAAGCUCACCUGGAAUCAUGCGAAAAUCAUCCGUCUCAUCUUCAUCAUCUUCUCACCAUCGUUCCCAUCCUCCUCAUCCUCAUCCUCAUCCACAUCAUCAUCAAAAUCAUUCAUCACAAUCUCGGAAUAAAAUGUUUGAUCAAAGAUCAACAUCAAUUCCCAGGUCACUUACGUCAUCUCGUUACUCAAUGAGAGCAACCGAUUCAGAAGAUGAAGAUGAUUACGCAAGCCAAUCGGAAGAUGAUGAAAUUGAUGAGGAAGAUGAUGAUAGAUUUAGUCAAGCAUCUUCGUUAGAGCCAAAUAAAUUGUGGACUUGUUAUGCUUGUACCUAUGUGAAUAACCCGAACGCUGAGAUUUGUGAAAUGUGUGGUAAAAGUCAUCCCAGUCGAUUGAAGCGCAUCGGUCAACGGGGAAAACAACCAAGGCCAAUGAAAGAAGAGCCGACGAAAGAGAAUCGAUCAGUCGAAUCAGCUAAUCAAUCGGUUGGUAAAAAGGGACCUGAAGUAGUUAUAACCAGUGAUUUAAUUCGUGAACAAAUGGAGAUUGAGAAGGAGCUUCGUCGAAGUGAUCAACAGAUUAAACAACAGCAAUCAGUUGAUGCAUCUUCAACUACAAUUAAAAAUGAUCAGGGUAAAGAUUUGAAUGAAAAUCAUAAUACUGGAUUGGUGGGAAUUAACAAAAGUCCAAGUGAAAUUAAUCAGGCUAACAAACCUGUUGAUUUUAAUUCUAAUGAAUUAAGUCAACCAUUAAUCACACCUCAAGCAUUAGUUAAUCAGCCAAUUAAUCAAAACCCACAAUUAGGAAUUGCUGGUUCACCAAUUCCAUUGAAUUUACCAGCAAUUUAUCACAAUCAACAACAACAGCAAACAAAUCAGCAAAUUUAUCCAUCGUAUCCAAAUCAAUAUCCAAUGAUGGGCCAACAAUUAAAUCAAAUCAAUUCUAGUCAAUCAAUUGUAAGUCCUGGUUCCAUGUUUCCAAGUUACGACUUCACAAUCAAUGUACAAUUUACAAAUGGCAAUAUACCGAUGAACCAAUUGCCGAGCCAUCAAACUAUUCCAGAUCACAAUCAACCGCUAUUUCCAGGUACUCGAACUGAGCCAAAUGCUUUAAGUUACUUGGGUCAUUCGAGUGGUUUUAACGGUAAAUUCAUGAGCAAUGAAAAUUUAUCGAUUGAUAAUCGAACCAAUCAAAGUGCCGCUUCCGUUGGAUCAACAACAGCUUCGAUAUCUUCAGCCCAAUCUCAACUACAAUCGGGCUUUCAAAUGUUCAAAUUACUUCGAGAUGCCGAGAAAAAAGGUUUCACCGCUGAUGAUAUUGAAAUCGCUUUAACAUUUAACUCAACUUCACCUUUAGAUUGGUUAGAUGAGAACUGGAAUAAUAUGAUUGAAACAGUUUUGACACUUUCCAACAAUCAAUUAGUUCAGAAUGAAAAGAAACGCCUCGGGAAGAAAUAUAAAUUAACAGCGAUCGAUUUAGUUACAACGAAAGACGCUAAAUUGGCCUUACGAUUAACCAAAGGUAAUAUUUGGCAGGCAAUCGAUAAAUGUGUCCAACGGAAGGAGGAAGAUAAAUCUGAUGAAAAGAAAGAUGUAAAAUCAUUUAGUCUCGAUAUCGAGGAAUCAGGUUCAGGUAAAUCUAAUAUGGACGCUGUUCCGAUCGCUUUGCUAACUAACCAAAACCAGCAGAACCAAGAGUCGAUACGAUUGUUACAAUGUUCAUCUUCGUCCCUGAGAAAUGAUAAAAAUGAACUUAAAGCCGAUGAAAUAACUUUAUCUCGAUCAUCUUCAUCUUCUGGUGAAUAUUUUUCUGAACCUUCAGAUGACAAUGAAGAUGAGAUGAGAGAGAAGAUAAAUGUUGGCACCAAUGUAAAUGAUGAGGAUGAAGAUGAAGAUGAAGAUGACGAUCGAUUGGUGGAUAUUGAAGUUAAAUAUCUUGACGCUGUUAAUGAAGUGGAAGAGAUUGAGGAAAAUAUUCUUAUUGAGGAAGAGGAAGAAGAUAUCGAAGAUGAUGAAGAAAAUGUUGACGAAAUUGAUGGAGAUGAGGAUGAAGAGAAUGAGGAACUUGUAAGAUUAAGGUCUGAUUCAGUGGAAGAUAAAGAAACAGAUGAUGAAGAAGAUAACGAUAACGAAGACAGAGACUAUGACGAAGAUGAAGAUGAAGAAGAUGAUGAUAAAGAAAUGGAGGAUUAUGAAAAUUUGAGAAAAAGUUUAGAGCAAAGAUUAUCUCAAUUGGGGAUUAACAGUAUUGAUGGUUAUAAUGAUGAUUCGGAUGAAGAUGGAAACCAUGAAGAUUUAGCUAAAAGUGAUAAAUCCCAAGAGGAAGAUGAGGAAAUUAACAGAGAUUUUGAAAUACUUAAUAGAGAUGAUUUUGAUUCAAAUGAUUCAGACAAAUGGAGUCAACAAUCAGAAGAAGAUGAAUCCAAUCAUGAACCAAUCAAAGAGUCUAUGGAGACUUUAAAAACAUCCUCACAAUCAGAGACGACAAUCAAUAUAACAGAAUCAUCAUCAUCAAAAGAACAUCAGAAAGUUAAUCAAGAGAAACAAUCAGAUAAUCAAGAAACUCAAUCAAUUGGUAAUAUUGAAAAUCCGCUGGAAAAAAAAGUUACAAAAAGUUUGAAGAAAAAAGUUGUUCCAUUAACAAAUCUAAAGGAGAAAGUAACAGUAUCGGAGGCCGAUGGUUCUAACGGUAAAUCAACCUUAUUACCUGUUACACCGAUCACUGAAUUACCUGUAAUCGAUAAGGAAUCGCUGAAUCCUCACUUUGGUUAUGCUCGAUCGGCAUAUGAAUGUGAACUGUGUGCAGGUUCAUUUCAUAUUCGUGAUAUGGUCUCAAUGAUUUCGUGCACUCACAAGGCCUGUGUUAAUUGUUUACGUCAAUACUUUUCCGUUCAAAUUCGUGAGGCCUCAGUGUUCAUAAUCACAUGUCCCUUUUGUUCCGAACCUGUAAUCUCAUCGGACGAUGAAGAUUCUGUUUGUGAUUAUCUUUCCCUUCUCGAUCAACUGGUUAAAUCUCUGGUAUCAGCUGAUCUUCACGAACUUUGGCAACGAAAAGUUCGAGAUAAAGUUCUAUCUAAAGAUCCAUCUUUCCGUUGGUGUACUAAUUGUUCAUCAGGUUUUAUCGCUUCCAAUCCAGCGGCUAAAACAAUUACCUGUCCUGAUUGUAAAAUCGUUAAUUGUGCCUCUUGUCAUAAGAUUUGGGAAGAUCAACAUACCGGAAUUACCUGUGAUCAAUUCACUGAAUGGAAACGAUUAAAUGACCCAGAAUACUCAGAUAAUCAAUUAGAACUUCAUCUCAAACAAUUCGGAAUCGAUUGUCCCAAUUGUAAUUUCCAUUACGAACUAUCCAAAGGAGGAUGUAUGCAUUUCCAUUGUGUCCAAUGUUCCCAUGAUUUCUGUGGAGGUUGCAGACAAACAUUCAGAUUAGGAUCAAAAUGUAAAAUCUCAAAUUGGUGCGAUAAACUUGGAUUACAUGCUCAUCAUCCUCGAAAUUGUUUAUUUUAUUUACGAGAUAAAGAAGUCAAUGAAUUAAGGCAACUAUUAGAUAUUCAUAAGAUUGAAUAUAAAUAUCAUGAAGAUAAACAAUCAACCAAUGAAUCUCGUGUUUGUAUGAUAAUGGAGCAGAAAGAGUAUCCUGAAGGAUUGAAGGAUUUGCCCUGCGGCAAUAAUCUUGAAACCGCCGGUGUUUGCAAGCAACAUUAUAUCGAAUAUCUUGGUGGAUUAAUCUUCGAACAUGGAAUCGAUCCGAUUGAGAUUUUCACCGAAGAUGAAUUGGUUCAUGUUCUUCGUCGAGAUAAUCUUAUACUUCCAAUUAAGAAGAAUGGACAAGAUUAUCGAACUAUUCUUUAUGAGAUAAUCAGGAAGGAAUGUCCAUUGAUUAGGGAACCUGUCAAGUGAUUUAAUUGUUGAAAUGAUAAUUUGGCAACAAUCAACGAGCAUCAUUCGUAUUCAUUGUUAUUCAACUUUAAUUCAAUUGUGUAAAUAUUAAUUUAUAUCAAUGAAAAAAUCGGAUAAUUCAUUCAUUUUCAUGGUAGAAAAUUGUGUUAAUCAAAUGUAAUCAAAAUAAUUAAUUUAAUUCUUUCAUUCAGAAUCAAAUGUAAAUAAGUUUCAUCUUCAACAAUCAAGAAAAAAAAAAGUCUAAUUGUUUACCAUUUAGUUACCAAAUUAUAGUAAAGUUUUAUUAAUCAACGAAUCGUAAUCACAGCUAAUCAGUUGUAAUAAUAAUUAGUUAACAAUUAGCCGGAGAUGAAAUCUAAUUACGAUUACAAAUCUAAUUGUGCAAUCGAAACUUUUAAUCAACAAAUUAAAAUAUAUCUUAAUUGUAUUAAAAUCGUUGGUUAUUCAUAAAGGUAAAUAAUCAACUCUAAUUUAAGCAAAUUGAUUAAGUUAGAAAAUUAAAUUAUCAAAUGUUUCGUGUGGUAAAUUGCCUGAAGAAAUAAAUUAAUUAACAGUUUCGUUAAUUUCUUCAAUUAAUUUGCAAUUCAUAAUAAACACAAUUGAAUAAUCAGAUUGAUUAUUAAGACGAUCUGAAUCAUUGAUUAAUCAUUUGAGAACAAGUGAAAUCUAUUGAAACAAUUUAAUUAUCAAUUUGAUUCUCAUAAAUUUAUUCACAUUUUCUAUUAAUAAUUAAAAUUCUCAUCGUAACAAUUAAACUUAAACAAUGAUGGAAACCAAAACAGAUCAGCAAUUAACUCAUUGAUUUAUGUAAUUCUCAC